UGCCUUUGUUGAUUUGAAGAUUACAGAAUUCAAGAACCAGCUCUAUUGGAUACAGGCUUCCAGUCUCUCUCCUACGUGAUCGUGGACACGAUACUGCCACUCCGAGCCGCCAGCUCGACUGCCUGAUCAUGCGUCCCCCUACGCCGCCGCCACCGCCACCGCCAAUCGGCCAUUUCGCACCUAAACCUCCCAAAAGUCGCAACCUAUCUAGCUGCCGAGCUGCCAAAAAGUCAGUGCGGGGUUAUUCAGAGUGAAGAGAGAUUUCUUGUUGCAAGUUUACCUUGGAAGAUGGAAUAAAACGCGUUAUGGCACCUCUCUGCUUCACUCACAGCUGAGCUCUCAGCGGCGUUUUGACAAGGCCGAUUGCCAGGUCGCUCUGCUUGCCCACAUGAUCGAGAAGUGGACGAUCAGGCUUAUCGACCUUAACAUCGAUACUCAAUGCCGCCCACGGGUCCGCCCGGAGGGGCAAGUCAAUGUAUAGUUUCAGCGCGUACAACAGGAAGGGGGGAGUGAACAUCUCAGCGCACUGGUCAUGGUUCAGUAGAUAUCUGUUUCGACAGGUUGAUCACUUCAUCCCAUCCCUUUCUCGGGCGCAGUUAAAGCAGCCCGCUCUGAUUGAAACUAUUUCGCCACUCCAAUCCGCCACUGUACCAACACCAGUUACUGGGCACACGAGCUUGACUGAGUGGGUAUGCUGAACACUGGCUGGGGUACAGAUGCCCUCGUCAUCAGACCAUGAGCGGUAUGUUAGUUAACGUGGCGAGGUGUUGACCUAACAUACCCUGGCAAACACAACCGCCUCCUGACCAUGUCUACCAACUGCAAUGGCAGAAGGAGAUUGCCCCUCGGGUUCGACGUAUGCAGCGGCGUUGACACAUUGAGUUCCCUGGGUUGAAUCCUUCGGAAGACUGCAUGACCGCGAGUCCCAGGCACUAUGCUGAAACAGAAAUGACAAGCAAAACCGCGAGGAAUUGGACCAAAAUGAUGGUUGAUAACGAAAGCUGGGCCGAUUGAUAAGGGACUCGAGCCAAUUCUGAAAGAAGGAAAGAAAAAAAAACCAGGUUUUUGGGGUAGUUUGUCAAUGCAGUGCUGCGGCCAAGGCGAACACCAGCGGCCAAAUUCUCACAUCAUGCCCGUUGGGCCAUGGCUCCGCAAUUUGACCAGCUGACAUCCAGGCAUACAGCGCCUGAAUCCUCAAGAUUGAGGCUCAAGUCACGUGUUUUCAACGAUUUUGUGCCACAGCAAACAUGGGCGAGAUUCCAUCUUCCAGAGGCCAGCAAAGGUGAGAAGGUCAAGAGAAUGAAUGGGUAUGCGUGUACGAGGUACCUCAUGGCAGCCUGGACGAGAAAAGGCCCCCAAACCUCGUACCCGGUUGUUGGAUGAGUCAUCGGGUAAAUAUGUUUCCAUUCUGGGACAGAAUGCCAUAUGCAGUCGACAACGGACCUUGUGCAUCGGUCGGAUCGGAAAGGGUUGGCCAUUAAACGCACACAAUUACCUCGCAUCUCGCCUGGUCCGGCCACAGUCAUUGAGAAAUCAGGCCCAGAAUCCAGACAGGGAAAGUCUUCCACCUGGCGCUCGGACGACGUCCACCCUCACCACAGUCCAACAAAUGAAGGAUCAGCUCCAGCCGCCUCUUCUGGGCUAUAUCUUUGACUGGUGGUUGCUCUGCAGUCUUUCUUGGCCUAACACUAGUAUUCACAGGUGGAGUGGCGAAUGGUUUUUGUUCAAUUCGUACACCAGCAUUCCGAGAUGCUGCCUGUAUGCAGCUACUUGUACAUCAAGCCAGUUGCCACAAUAGAGCCCAGAUGUUCC